CACAAAUUAUUGAACUCGUGUGACCUGGCAUGGUGCCCCGCGGGUAAAUUAUCCUAACGCUGAAGAUGGAUAGAGAGAAGAAAUAAGGAUGACAGACAAUAAAUUGAGCAGUUUCCCGCAUGUUCUGAAGGAGUAUAACCCAGAUUACGUUCCUGGGACAACGCCCAAGUCAAAGACACGGCAACAUGAAUGUAGUCAAGAGAAAUCUUUAGGAAGUCUGCAGGACACAAGAUCCUUGGAACACAAUUCUCACAAACGGUCAGACUAUAUCUCAGUAGCCAGCGCUCGAAGUAAUGCAAGAUCAGUUACAACAAGUGGUCAGAAAUCUGCUGGGAAAAAGUCCAGGAAGUCGGAUGACCAGGAUUUAUACUACCUGAAGACGUUGGUCGAAUUGGCGUUGCCUGUAUAUGUAAAGAAAGAAGAGAGUCUGAUGGUUCAGCAGAAAAAAGCUUACAUGUGA